AUGGCGGGGGAAGCGAGAGGGGAUACCGCCGGAGCUGCGCCAGCGGGCGCGGCGCAAACAGGAGAGCAACCAAAGUACCCCAAGGGCAUUGUUCUGGACAAAGAUGGCAAGCCGUGUCGAUCAUGUACCUCCGGCGCCGCGUUCUCGGCAUGGGCUGCGCAAACCAAGGAAAGGAUCAAGGGUGACAAGGAGACCGCCGUCGCCGUCGCCACCGCGACGACGACGGCGACCGAGGCCAACUCCCGAGCCGACUGCCCGCCCGACGUCGAGAUGCUGGGCCAUAGUUCGUGGACUCUGCUGCACAGCAUCGCGGCGGCAUACCCGGACACCCCGUCGCAGACCCAGCAGGCCGACGUGCUGCGCUUCGUGGACCUCUUUGCCAAGCUGUAUCCGUGCUGGGUGUGCGCCGACGACUUUCAGUCGUACAUUGCCCGGCGGGUGCCCAAGGUUGCGAGUCGCGACGAGUUUGGGCAGUGGCUUUGCGGCGCGCACAACGACGUCAACAGGAAGCUGGGCAAGAAGGAGUUUGACUGUUCCAAGUGGCUGGAGCGGUGGAAAACGGGGCCUAAGAACGGCCGAUGCGAUUGA